AUGCAUCGAACAGCAGCCAGGCCGGCCCCCCUCGAUUUCCUUUUGCCAUCCGCACACGCAGCCUUCGGCAUCGACAGACGGAAGGAUAUUGGAUCUGUCCACUCGCAGGUUGUAUCUUCUUACCUUGAAGCCCCUGUUAAAGGUGGCCUUCAAACACCUCCUGCCGACGAUAUGGGAACGGCCUACCAGCACCCACAGCACCCCCCAUAUGGCAGUCGACAAAGUUCCACCUGUUCAAUUUCAGGAACAACCCCAAGUAGCUAUGCUGGGACUUGCUCUGGAAGCAGCAGUCAACGGACGCAAUACUCUGCACCACAUUCCUCGUUGAGUCAACCAUCUCAUGCUUCUAGUAUAAUAUCGCGGAACGGGCUCCAGAACCCGCAAUCUUCCUAUGGACAACAACCGUCAAGCCCUCAGCUUCCCGAUAGAUCGAAUGUUGUGGCCCGAUCUGAAGACCCUCUUCCCAGGAAAAAUGCCCAUGUCGAUACGAUCGUGCCGAAUCUCCAGAUACCUUCUUCAAUAAAUAACAGUGGAGGGAGCUUGGCCGAAUUUGCAGCACAGAUUACCUGCCUGUUCUGGUUCGAAUCGACCGAAACCCUUCAAAAAGCCGAGAACCUUUCACCUUAUUCAUCCCCAGUCAAACGAUUACGAGAUGAGGCAACCCCUUCUAGUGGGUUCAGAAAAUGGGUGGUUACCAUUCUUUCAACAACACAAGUCACCCAGAAUGUUAUAUUAUUGGCACUUCUCUUCAUCUAUCGACUGAAAAACAUCAACCCCGCGGUCAAGGGGAGAAGUGGGAGUGAAUACAGGCUUCUUACUGUGGCCUUGAUGCUAGGCAAUAAAUUUCUUGACGAUAACACGUAUACAAACAAGACCUGGGCUGAGGUGUCAGGAAUAUCCGUAAACGAAAUCCACGUGAUGGAAGUCGAAUUUCUGAGCAACAUGAGAUACAGCCUAUUGGCGUCCAAGGAGCAAUGGCAAGAAUGGCAGGAGAAACUUGGGAAAUUCUGGAUCUAUUGUGAUAGGGCGUCGAAAGCUCCCUUGCCUCAUGUUUCUCCACAGAGCGUCCCGACCCUUACGCCAACAUUACCUUCGCCGCCUGGCUCCUUGCAAGCCUCACCCCCAUCCCACGCACAGUCGCUCGCAAGCGGAUACUCUUCGAGUUCGGCCGGUUUCAGUCAAUAUGCACCGCAAUGGCCGGUGAACUACGUUACUUCAUCUUCGCCCUUGGCUACGAUGCCAGAACAAGAGCUGCGCUCAUCAACUCGGAAGCGAAGCUAUGGUGGUGACGCUCAAGAACCUUCUGCAAAACGGGUCACGAGAUCCUCAACAAAACCUGUCCCCUUCCCAUCAAAUGGACCAAUCAUGAGGGCCGAUGUCCCCCGACUACCAGUACCAAACUUGAUAAUACCAACGAGUCAACCCUUGAAUAGUAGCUAUACUAGGGCUACGAGCCUGUCGCAGAAUGCUCCUGUGUUGCCACCAAUUAACGGAAGGAUGAUGUCAACAGUAUAUCCUUCCACCCCUUCGUGGACGCCUAACGUACCUCUAUUGGCAGCUACCGGACAAUCAGUUCAACAUGAACCGCAGGGUACAAAUGGCUACUCGACUCCUUCACGUCGACAGAGCCCGCAUUCUGUACAAGAUCUCUUGUCACUCGGUUCUUCACCCAUAUCGGCAACAUUCCCUAGCCACAGUCCUGGACAUAUCUCACCGUCCUUCUUCCUUCAGCAGAGAAAUUCGCCUUACAAGCCUGUCCGGAAUGUCAACACCCUCCUAUACCCACCACCGUCGGCAUCGAUGCAAGGCUUCUCUGCGAACCUAGACCAGAUGCAUUACCAACCAUUAGGCAGAAGAAACGACUACCGUCCUGGUGUUGUCCCUGAAUACACGUCCCAUAACGCCUAUCAACAGUGGCCAGUCUUACCACAACCUAAUUUCCAUGCAUGA